GCCAUUCUGAGGUGUGUGCCACUCCCUGACCAGCUCCCAUAUCACACCUGCUAUAAAGAGCUCAUCUCUUUACGACAUCGUCCCCCUUUGUGCAGUGUGGCCGUGGUUGCGUUUUAUCCUCCAGCAUGAAGCUCUCGCUCGCGCCCUGGACCUCUCCGGGUUUUAUUCUAACUCUCCUGAGCUGCGGGGUCACGGCUCUGCCAACAAGCAAAGUAACAGAGUAUGAUGUAGACGGAGGGAAAGCGGAUCUGUUCGAGGUCAAUCAAGCGGCUGGCCUGGAUCUCUUUGAAGGAGAUAUUUUAUAUGACAAGGAACAAGGGAGGAACUCCAUCAUCGGGGAUGAGUACUUGUGGCCCAUCACUGUGCCGUACUAUCUAGAGGAUGAUUUGGAUAUUAAUGCCAAAGGCGUUAUAUUGAAGGCAUUUGAACAGUAUCGCCUGAAGACCUGCAUUGACUACAAACCCUGGAGUGGAGAAAGUAACUACAUCUCUGUGUUUAAAGGCAGUGGGUGUUUCUCCUCAGUGGGGAACCGGCGUGUGGGAAAGCAGGUUUUGUCCAUCGGUGCUGGAUGUGACCGAAUCGCAACCAUCGAACAUGAGUUCCUUCACGCGCUGGGGUUCUGGCACGAGCAGUCACGCGCCGAUCGUGACGACUACGUGACCAUCAUGUGGGAUCGCAUCCAAGAAGGCAGGGAGCACAAUUUCAACAAAUAUGAUGACACCAUAUCCAGCUCCCUGAAUGUACCUUAUGACUAUGGUUCCAUGAUGCACUACAGCAAGAACGCCUUCAGCAAUGGCACCGAGCCCACCAUAGUCACCAAGAUCCCGGCCUUUAGCAACGUCAUCGGCCAGCGCAUGGAGUUUAGCGACAGUGACCUGCUCAAGCUGAACAGGCUUUACAACUGCACAAGAUCCACAACGUUCCUGGACAGCUGUGACUUUGAGCUGGAGAAUAUUUGUGGGAUGAUCCAAGGUCAGGAUGACAAUGCAGAUUGGGAACGUGUUACUAAGGCAACCGGUGGACCAGACACAGACUAUUCUAACAUGGGACGCUGUACCGGCACAGGUUACUUCAUGCACUUCAGCACCAUCAGUGGAAAUGUCGGAGACACUGCUCUGUUAGAAAGCAGGUUGCUCUACCCUAACCGCAACUACCAGUGUCUACAGUUCUUCUACUACAACAGUGGAAACCAGAAUGACAAGCUGGAGAUCUGGGUGAGAGAAUACAGUGAAGCCAACCCUAACGGAGCACUACGUCUCAUUGAGACAAUAAUUGGAGUGCCUGAGACAUUCUGGCAGCUGCACCAUGUUAAACUAGAUGUCUCCAGAAAGUUCCGCAUUGUAUUUAAAGGCACUAAGGGUGCUGGGAGCUCCACGGGUGGGUUCUCCUUGGAUGAUGUCAAUCUUUCUGAGACCACCUGCCCAGAACACGUGUGGCGGAUCAAGAACUUCAAAAGUAUUAUGGAAAACACACCUAGGGGCCAUGUCAUAUACAGCCCACGUUUUCAUUCAAAGUAUGGCUACACCUUCCAGAUGUCCUUGUACCCCAAUGGCACUGACUCAUAUCCAGAGGACAUGGCAGCUUAUGCCCAUCUGGCAUCUGGCAAUGAUGUGACUGAUGGCAGCCUCACUUGGCCCUGCCCAUGGAAGCAGAUUACUAUGAUGCUAAUGGAUCAGAAUGCGGACAUUCGUAAACGCAUGUCAAACCAAAGAAGUGUCACAACUGACCCCAACAUGAAAUAUGAAGGAUCAAAGCUUUUUUGGGACAACCCACGAAUAGUGGGAGCAGAGGUAGCAGAAGGGCAUGGGACAAAAUACUUCAGAGGACCAGGACUUGGAACAUCUGUAUAUCUGAGUCAGGCCAGAGCACUCAGUAGAGACUUCAUAAAGGGUGGAGAUGCCAUCUUCCUCCUCAGCAUGGAAGAUAUAACACACUUGGUUGCUUCUCAGCCCAUCCCUUCAACGACCAAACCCACAGCCACUACUGCAACGACGACCAAACCUGCGACCGCUAAUCUAUGUGCUUCGGUAAAAUGUGAAAACGAUGGUGUGUGUGUGAUGGACAAUGGUGUAAAAGCAGUCUGCAGGUGUUCUGUAGGGGACGACUGGUGGUACUACGGGGACAGGUGUCAGUUUAAGAGCUCGAAGCAGGACGGCGUGGUGACAGCAGCCGUGUCGUCAGUCGUGGUCUUUGCCGUCAUGCUGGUGGUGACGGUAGUGAGUGUGGUGUGUUUGAAGAAAAAGUAUAAGAAGAAAAUGAACGACAUAGGUGGUGGCAUUGCCAUACAAAACGUCAGUGCGAACUAAUCACACCCAGAACCAG